AUGACGGUGGAAGUGAGCUCCUGGAGCCGGGUUCUGCUGCUCUCUGUGGGGCUGCUGGCUGUCUCGGCAACCGCCCAGAACUGCAGUCACAUUUUACAGGGCCCAAAUGGGACGAUACAGAGCCCAGGCUUUCCAUAUGGAUAUCCAAAUUAUGCAAACUGCACGUGGACAAUCACUGCUGAAGAGCAGAACAGGAUACAGCUUGUUUUCCAGUCGUUCGCGUUAGAGGAAGAUUUUGAUGUAUUAUCCAUCUACGACGGCCUGCCUCAGCAGGGGAAUCUGAGAACAAGGUUAACUGGCUUCCAGCUGCCGGCUCCUGUUGUGAGUACCGGGAUGGUGCUGUCCCUGUGGCUUGUGAGCGAUUACGCAGUCAGUGCUCAAGGCUUCCAGGCRAGCUACGAAGUUCUACCAAGUCAUACGUGCGGAAACCCAGGAAGGCUGCAGAACGGCAUCCAGCAAGGGACGACGUUCAGCAUUGGAGACAAAGUGCGCUACAGCUGCAACCCAGGCUUCUUUCUGGAGGGGCACGCGCUGCUCACGUGCCACGCCAAUUCCGAAAACAGUGCCUCCUGGGACUUCCCUCUCCCCUUCUGCAGAGCUGAUGAUGCGUGUGGAGGGACGUUGCGGGGACAGAGUGGAAUUAUCUCAAGCCCUCAUUUCCCUUUGGAGUACGGCAAUAACGCAGACUGCACGUGGACUAUCCUGGCUGAACCUGGAGAUACGAUUGCUCUAGUUUUCAUGGAUUUCCAACUGGAAGAUGGAUAUGAUGUUCUAGAAGUCGCUGGGACCGAGGCGUCAUCGCUCUGGUUUACUGGGAUGAAUCUGCCUGCCCCGGUUAUCAGCAGUAAAAAUUGGCUGCGGCUUCACUUCACGUCGGACGGCAACCACAGGCAAAAGGGCUUCAGUGCCCAAUAUCAAGUCAAAAAACAAAUUGAACUGAAGUCCAGAGGGGUGAAGCUGAUGCCCAGCAAGGACAAUAACCAGAAGACAUCAGUGUUAACUCAGGUUGGUGUGUCCCAGGGACAUAAUAUGUGUCCAGACCCUGGGAUUCCAGAGAGAGGCAAAAGAAUAGGCAACGAUUUUAGGUUAGGAUCCAGCAUCCAGUUCACCUGCAACGAGGGCUAUGAUUUGCAAGGGUCCAAAAGCAUCACCUGUAAGAGAGUGAGUGACAUAAUUGUUGCAUGGAGUGACCACAGGCCCGUGUGCAGAGCCAGGAUGUGCGACACGUACCUUCGUGGUCCCAGCGGAGUCAUAACUUCUCCCAACUACCCCGUGCAAUACGAUAACAACGCGUACUGCGUGUGGGUCAUCACCGCUCUCAAUCCGGCCAAGGUUAUCAAACUCACCUUUGAAGAAUUUGAACUAGAAAGAGGAUAUGACACGCUGACAGUUGGUGAUGGCGGCCAAGUGGGAGACCAGAAAACUGUGCUUUACGUCUUGACAGGUACCACGGUUCCUGAUCUCAUUGUCAGCACACACCACCAGAUGUGGCUCCUCUUCCAGACAGACAGUGUCAGCAACUUAUUAGGAUUCAAAGCAACCUAUGAAGAGAUCGACCAGGGGAGCUGCGGCGACCCCGGCGUGCCGGCCUACGGCAGGAGGGAAGGCUCCACGUUCCGCCACGGCGACAGCCUGCGCUUCGAGUGCCAGCCCGCCUUCGAGCUCAAGGGCCAGAGAACCAUCACCUGCCAAAAGAGCAGCCAGUGGUCUGCUCAGAAACCAGUCUGUGUUUUUUCCUGCUUUUUCAACUUCACCACCCCGUCUGGGAUUGUGCUGUCACCAAAUUACCCUGAGGAAUACGGGAGCAGCUUGCACUGUGUUUGGUUAAUUAUAGCUAAACCUGAAAGCCGAAUUCACUUGGCUUUCAAUGAUUUUGAUGUGGAGCCUCAGUUUGAUUUCCUAGCCGUGAAGGAUGGUGGGACUGCAGAGUCUCCGGUGCUGGGGACCUUCUCAGGAAACCAGAUCCCCUCUUCCCUGACGAGCAGUGGUCACGUUGCCAGGCUGGAGUUCCAGACCGACCACUCCAUGGAGAAAAGAGGCUUCAAUAUAACAUUCACUACGUUUAGGCAUAACGAAUGCCCUGACCCCGGGGUGCCGGUGAACGGCAAGCGCUUCGGUGACAGCCUCCAGCUGGGCAGCUCCGUGUCCUUCCUCUGCGACGAGGGCUUCAUCAGGACCCACGGCUCCGAGACCAUCACUUGCAUCCUCAARGAAGGGAACGUGGUUUGGAACAACGCAGUGCUCAGAUGCGAAGCGCCCUGCGGGGGCCACCUCACGUCUCCCAGCGGGACCAUCCUGUCCCCCGGCUGGCCUGGAUUCUACAAGGACUCCCUGAACUGCGCGUGGGUCGUGGAGGCGCAGCCGGGCUACCCCAUCAAGAUCACGUUCGACAGAUUUAAAACUGAGGUGAAUUAUGACACCCUGGAAGUGCGAGACGGCCGGUCCUACUCUUCCCCGUUGAUAGGUGUCUAUGAUGGGACUCAGGUGCCCCAGUUCCUCAUCAGYACCAGCAACUUCCUCUACCUCCUCUUCACCACGGACAAAAGCCACUCUGACAUAGGCUUUCAGAUCCGCUAUGAAACUGUGAAGCUCCAGUCCGACCACUGCUUAGACCCGGGCAUUCCUGUAAACGGGCAGCGCCACGGCAAUGACUUCUACGUGGGCGCGCUGGUCACCUUCAGCUGCGACUCGGGCUACACCCUGAGCGACAGCGAAGCCCUGGAGUGCGAGCCCAACUUCCAGUGGAGCCGCCCGCUGCCCAGCUGCGAGGCUCUGUGUGGCGGUUACAUUCGUGGUUCCAGUGGCACCAUCCUCUCCCCGGGUUUCCCUGAUUUCUACCCCAACAACUUAAACUGUACGUGGACAAUAGAAGCGUCACAUGGGAAAGGGGUGUUCUUCACCUUCCACACCUUCCACCUGGAGAACGGCCACGACUACCUGCUCAUCACCGAGAACAGCAGCUUCGCGCAGCCCCUGAAGCAGCUCACGGGCUCCCGGCUGCCGGCCCCGUUCAGCGCGGGGCUCUUCGGAAACUUCUCCGCGCAAAUUCGCUUCAUCUCGGACUUCUCCAUGUCCUACGAGGGUUUCAACAUCACCUUUUCUGAGUACGAGCUGGAGCCGUGCGACGAGCCGGAGGUGCCGGCCUACAGCAUCCGCAAGGGGCUGCAGUUCGGCGUGGGCGACGCGCUCACCUUCUCCUGCUUCCCGGGGUACCGGCUGGAGGGCGCCGCGCGCAUCACCUGCCUGGGCGGCCGGCGCCGGGUGUGGAGUUCGCCUCUGCCAAGGUGUGUUGCUGAAUGUGGUUCAUCUGUAACUGGAACUCAAGGUGUUCUGCUGUCUCCCAACUACCCCAUAAAUUAUAACAACAACCAUGAAUGCAUCUACUCCAUCCAGACCCAGCCAGGAAAGGGAAUCCAGCUAAAAGCCAGGACUUUCGAACUGGAGGCAGGAGAUUUCCUCAAGGUCUAUGAUGGCAGCAAUAGUUCUGCUCGCCUGCUGGGCUCCUUUAGCCGCACCGAGAUGCUCGGCACCAGCAUCAACAGCACUUCCAGCACCAUGUGGCUCGAGUUUAUCACCAACAGCGAGAACACGAGCAAAGGCUUUGAGCUGCAGUUUUCUAGUUUUGAACUCAUCAAAUGCGAGGACCCUGGCAUCCCGCAGUUCGGCUACAAGGUCCACGACGAAGGACACUUUGCUGGCAGCUCCGUAUCCUUUAACUGUGACCCUGGCUAUACCCUGCGAGGCAGCAGGGUGCUGGUCUGCCUCACUGGCGAGCGGAGAGCUUGGGACCAACCCCUGCCCACGUGYGUAGCUGAGUGUGGGGGAACUAUCAAAGGAGAGUCGUCAGGACGGAUCCUGUCUCCCGGCUACCCGACACCCUACGAUCAUAACCUCAAUUGUAUCUGGACGAUCGAGGCAGAAGCCGGUUGCACAAUAGGGCUCCACUUCAUGGUUUUCCACACGGAGGAGUUCCACGAUGUGCUGAGGAUAUGGGACGGGCCGGUGGAGAACGGCAUCAUCUUAAAGGAGAUAAGCGGGUCUGUCUUACCCGGUGACGUCCACAGUACUUUCAAUUCUGUCAUUCUUCAGUUCAACACGGAUUUCUUCACAAGCAAGCAGGGCUUUGCUAUUCAGUUUUCAGUUUCUACUGCCACUUCCUGCAACGACCCAGGGAUUCCGCAGAACGGGAGCCGAAGUGGUGACAGCAAAGAGGCGGGCGACUCCAUCGUCUUCCAGUGUAAUCCGGGAUACGCUCUGCAAGGGGAGGCCAAAAUCACUUGUGUGCAGAUUGAGAACAGAUUUUUCUGGCAACCAGACCCUCCCUCCUGCAUCGCUCCCUGCGGAGGUGUCUUGACGGGGCCGUCCGGCGUGAUCCUGUCCCCGCAGUACCCGGAGCCCUAUCCGCCGGGAAAGGAGUGCGACUGGAAGCUCACGGUGUCGCCCGACUACGUCAUUGCGCUGGUGUUCAACACCUUUAAUUUGGAGCCUGGGUAUGAUUUCCUUCAUAUCUAUGAUGGACCUGAUUCACUCAGCCCCCUCAUUGGAAGCUUUUAUGGCUCCCAGCUGCCCGAGAGGAUAGAGAGCAGCAGUAACAGCCUCUUCCUCGCUUUCCGAAGCGAUGCCUCCGUGAGCAACACUGGAUUCGUCAUUGACUACACAGAGAAUCCCAGGGAGUCUUGCUUCGAUCCGGGCUCUAUUAAGAACGGCACGCGCGUGGGGAYGGAUCUGAAGCUGGGAUCAACCAUCACCUACUACUGCGACGGCGGCUACGACAUCGAGGGGGUCUCCACGCUCACGUGCGUAAUGGGAGGCGACGGGAAGCCCACGUGGAACAAAGCUCGACCUACCUGCACAGCCCCCUGCGGCGGGCAGUACACGGGCUCGGACGGCGUGGUGCUCUCGCCCAACUACCCCCAGAACUACACCAGCGGGCAGGUCUGCCUCUACUUCAUCGUGGUGCCCAAGGACUACGUGGUCUUCGGACAGUUCGCCUUCUUCCAGACGGCGCUCAACGACAUCAUCGAGGUUCACGAUGGCCCCAACGAGCACUCGCGCCUCCUCAGCUCGCUCUCGGGCUCCCACACAGGUGAAUCAUUACCGCUAGCUACCACCAACCAAAUUCUGAUCAAAUUCAGUUCCAAGGGUCAAUCUACAGCCAAGGGUUUUCAUUUUGUCUACCAGGCGGUGCCCCGCACCAGCGCCACGCAGUGCAGCUCGGUGCCGGAGCCGCGCCACGGCCGCCGCCUGGGCAGYGACUUCGCCGUGGGCGCCGUGGUGCGCUUCGAGUGCGGCGCGGGCUACGCGCUGCGCGGCUCGCGCGCCAUCCAGUGCCUCGCCAUGCCCGGCGCCCUCGCCCAGUGGAACGUCUCCGUGCCCACCUGCGUGGUGCCCUGUGGUGGAAAUCUGACUGAGCGCAAAGGGACCAUCCUGUCCCCCGGCUUCCCGGAGCCGUACCUGAACAGCCUGAACUGCGUGUGGAAGAUCACGGUCCCCGAAGGAGCUGGCAUCCAGAUUCAGGUGAUCAGCUUUGUUACGGAGCAGAACUGGGAUUCCCUGGAAGUGUUUGAUGGAGGGGAUAACACCGCCACCAUGCUGGGAAGUUUCUCUGGAACUACAGUGCCUGCGUUGUUGAACAGCACUUCAAACCAGCUCUAUCUGCAUUUCUAUUCUGAUAUCAGCGUCUCUGCUGCAGGCUUUCACCUGGAAUACAAAACCGUUGGCCUGUCCAGCUGCCCGGAGCCCCCCGUUCCUGGGAACGGCCUGAAGAUCGGAGAGCGGUAUUUGGUGAACGACGUCGUCUCCUUCCAGUGCGAACCAGGCUACGCACUUCAGGGCCACUCUCACAUUUCCUGCAUGCCGGGGACCGUCCGCCGCUGGAAUUACCCCCCUCCGCUUUGUAUCGCCCAGUGUGGAGGAACGGCAGAGGAGAUGGAGGGAGUACUGCUGAGCCCUGGCUUCCCGGGAAACUAUCCGAGCAACCUGGACUGCACGUGGAAGAUCCUGCUGCCCGUGGGCUUUGGCGCUCACAUCCAGUUCCUAAACUUCUCCUCCGAGCCGAACCACGACUUUGUGGAAAUCCGCAACGGGCCGUACGACACCAGUAAUGUCAUCGGGCGGUUCAGCGGCACCGACAUGCCAGGCUCCCUCCUCUCCACGUCCCAUGAAACCACCGUGUACUUCCACAGCGACCACUCGCAGAACAAGCCGGGCUUUAAGCUGGAAUAUCAAGCCUACGAGCUGCAGGAGUGCCCUGACCCUGAGCCUUUUGCGAACGGUGUCGUGAGAGGAGCUGGGUACAACGUUGGCCAGUCCAUCUCUUUCGAGUGUCUUCCUGGAUACCAUCUGAUCGGUCACCCUGUCCUCACRUGCCAGCAUGGCACGAACAGGAACUGGGACCACCCCUUGCCCAGGUGUGAAGUGCCCUGUGGAGGGAACGUCACCACCCAGAAUGGUACCGUUUACUCUCCUGGCUUCCCCAACCAGUACCCCAACUCACAGGACUGCACUUGGCUCCUUACAGUGCCAGUGGGAUAUGGGAUCCAUCUCAACUUCACUCUGCUGCAAACAGAGCCCUACAACGAUUUCAUCACUAUCUGGGAUGGUCCACAGCAAACAGCCCCACAGCUUGGCGUGUUCACUGGCAACUCUGCUAAGAAAUCAGCCCAAAGCUCUUCCAACCAGGUCCUGAUGAAGUUCCACAGUGAUGCAGCCAACGGAGGGAUUUUUGCCAUUUAUUUCUAUGCCUACCAGCUCUUCAGAUGCCAACCCCCGACCAUCGUGCCCAACGCCGAGAUCAUCACGGAGAAUGAAGAAUUUAACAUAGGUGAUGUAGUGAGGUACAGGUGCCUUCCUGGCUUUACCUUGAUUGGAAAUGAAAUCCUGACCUGCAAGCUGGGCACUCAUCUCCAGUUCGAAGGACCUCCACCCACUUGUGAAGUGCACUGCCCCAUGAAUGAGGUGAUGACAGACUCCACCGGUGUGAUCCUCAGCCAGAGCUUCGUGGGAAGUUACCCUCAUUUCCAGACCUGUUCAUGGGUGGUGAAAGUGGAGCCUGGGUAUAACGUCUCUCUCACCAUUGAGUACUUCCUGAGUGAGAAACAAUAUGAUGAGUUUGAAAUCUUUGAUGGUCCCUCUGGCCAGAGUCCCCUGCUCCUGUCACUGAGUGGGAACUACUCCGCUCCUCUGACUGUUACCAGCAGCGGGAACAAAGUCUAUCUCCGCUGGUCUUCUGAUCAUGCAUACAACAGAAAAGGCUUCAAAAUCCGUUAUUUUGCUCCUUACUGCAGCCUGCCGCAGCCCCCAGCACACGGACUGAUUCUCAGCCACACGGGUCUGCASCCUGGCAGCACCGUCCGAUUUGGCUGUGACACCGGCUACCGCCUCGCUGGCCACAGUGCUGCCACCUGCUCCCAGCACCCUCAAGGCUAUUUCCACUGGAACGAAGCAAUCCCACUGUGCCAAGCUGUCUCCUGCGGAGUCCCCCGAGCCCCGAAGAACGGCGUCGUCUUUGGCAAGGAGUACACGGUGGGCACCAAGGCCGUGUACAGCUGCCACCAGGGCUUCCACCUGCAGCCGGGCGAGGAGCCCACGGCCGAGUGUCUCCCCACGGGGCACUGGAGCAACGGCAACGAGCCCCCUCACUGCGUCGCUGUCACCUGUCCCGAUAUCAGCAGCAUUGCAGUGGAGCACGGGCGGUGGCGCCUCACCUACGAGAUCCAGUACCACUACAACGCCCAGCUCAUGCUCAUCUGCGACCCCGGCUACUACUACACGGGCCAGCGGGUCAUAAGGUGCCAAGCCAACGGCAAGUGGAGCAUUGGCGAACCCAUGCCAACCUGCAAAAUUAUCUCUUGCGGAGAGCUGCCAACUCCGCCCAGUGGGAACAAGAUUGGCACGUUGACCAGCUAUGGUGCCACAGCCAUCUUCUCGUGCAACACUGGCUACACCCUGGUAGGGUCCCGGGUGCGGGAGUGCAUGGCGAAUGGACUUUGGAGUGGAGCAGAGGUGAAAUGUCUGGCUUUAAAAAACGCUACGUUGUUUUUAUUGCGGCUGUGCUUUUAUUUAUUACUGCAGAGAUUCACACUCACAUCCCUGCAGACCCUUCGGGAGGAGCAGUCACAAACCCUCAGUGAUGCCUCUUGUCUCCCUCCUGCAGCGGGGCACUGCGGGGUGCCCAGCCCCAUCGUCAACGGGCUCAUCAACGGUGAGAACUACAACUACCGGGGCAGCGUGGUGUAUCAGUGCAACCCCGGCUUCCGCCUCAUCGGCAUGUCUGUGAGGAUCUGCCAGCAGGACCACCGCUGGUCUGGAAAGACUCCUGUCUGUGUGCCCAUCACUUGCGGCCACCCCGGCAAUCCCGCCAACGGCCUGACCCAAGGGAGUCAGUUCAACCUGAACGACGUGGCCAAGUUYGUGUGUAACACGGGCUACCGCCUGGAAGGAGCCUCCCAGUCCCAGUGCUUGGCCAACGGACAGUGGAGCAGCUCGCUGCCCGUCUGCCGCGUUGUAAACUGUACUGACCCUGGGCACCUGGAAAACAGCAUCCGUCAAGUGCAGCCAAGCGGGCCUCACAGAUUCAGCUUUGGAACAACUGUCUCAUAUCAGUGCAGCCACGGAUAUUACUUACUGGGGACCCAUGUCCUUACGUGUCAGGGGGAUGGCACUUGGGACCGGGCCCUCCCACAGUGUCUUUUGGUGACCUGCGGCCACCCUGGCGCGCCGCCCCACGCGCAGGUCUCGGGGGACAAGCACACCGUGGGCUCCGUGGUGCGCUACAGCUGCCUGGGCAAGCGCACCCUGGUYGGCAACUCCACGCGCAUGUGCCAGCUCGACGGGCGCUGGAGCGGCUCCCUGCCGCACUGCUCAGGAGGCAGCCAGGGCGUGUGCGGGGACCCGGGCAUCCCAGCACACGGCAUCGGGCUGGGAGACGCCUUCGACGUGGACGGCACGGUGCGCUUCAGCUGCGAGCCGGGCUACACGCUCCGAGGGUCCUCCGAGAGGAUCUGCCAGGCCAACGGCUCCUGGAGCGGCACGCAGCCCGAGUGCGAAGUUAUAUCCUGCGGAAACCCAGGAACCCCCAGCAACGCAAGGGUGAUAUUUAACGACGGCUUGGUUUUCUCCAGCUCCAUUAUCUACCAGUGCCGGGAAGGCUAUUACUCCACAGGGGUGCUGAGCAGGCACUGCACCGUGAACGGCACGUGGACCGGGAGCACGCCGGAGUGCACGGUGAUCAACUGUGGCGACCCCGGUGUGCCAGCCAACGGCAUCAGGCUGGGCAGCGACUUCACGUACAACAAGACGGUGGUGUUCCAGUGCACGCCUGGCUACAUGAUGGAGUCGGACAGGGCCUCCUCUCUGGCUUGCACGAAAGACCGAACCUGGAACGGCACCAAACCUGCCUGCAAAGCUAUCAUCUGUAAAUCCCCCCAAGCCAUUCCCAAUGGGAAAGUCGUAGGCUCGGAUUUCAGCUGGGGGGCCAGCGUGAGCUAUGCGUGCUUGGAAGGAUACCAGCUUUCCCUGCCCGCCAUCCUCACCUGCGAAGGCAACGGCACUUGGAGCGGAGAAAUCCCACAGUGCUUCCCUGUGUUCUGCGGCGAUCCCGGGAUACCAGCGCAGGGCAGGAGGGAAGACAGAGGCUUCACGUACCGCUCCUCCGUGUCCUUCUCCUGCCUCGCCCCACUCGUGCUGGUGGGCUCAGCCCGGCGCUUCUGUCAGUCCGACGGGACGUGGAGCGGCACCCAGCCCAGCUGCAUAGACCCCAGCCUCACGACGUGCGCGGACCCCGGCGUGCCUCUCUUUGGGACGCAGAACAACUCCCAGGGCUUCCAGGUGGGGAGCGUCAUCCUUUUCAAGUGUCAGAAAGGAUACCUGCUGCAGGGCUCCACCACCAGGACCUGCCUCCCCAACCUGACGUGGAGCGGCGUGCAGCCCGACUGUGUCCCUCAUCACUGCAAGCAGCCGGAGACUCCUUCCCACGCCAACGUGGGUGCUCUGGAUCUGCCGUCCCUGGGCUACACCCUCAUCUACUCCUGCCAGAGUGGCUACUACCUCACGGGAGGCUCCGAGCACCGGACCUGCAAAGCGGAUGGCAGCUGGACGGGGAAGCCACCCAUUUGCCUCGCGGACGUCCGGCCGAGCGGGAGGCCGAUCGGCACCGCGCGGGACCCGCCGCUCGCCAAGGUGUCAGUGCCUGCAGAUGUGUUUGCUAGGAAUUCCCUUUGGAAGGGCUCCUAUGAGUACAUGGGGAAAAAGCAGCCUGCAAUGCUGUCUGUCACUAGCUUUGAGCCUGCCACCGGUAAAGUCAACGCCACCUUGAUAGACCACAGUGGCGUGGAGCUCCAGCUGUCUGGCAUUUACAAGAAAGAAGAUGUUCACCUGCUUCUCCAGGUGUAUCAGAUUACGGGGCCAGUAGAGAUGUUCGUCAACAAGUUCAAAAACGAUAAAUGGGCUCUCGAUGGACACGUCUCAUCGGAAUCAUCAAGCGGCACGUUUGUGUACCAGGGCUUUGUGCGUGGCAAAGGCUUCGGGCAGUUUGGCCUUCAGAGACUGGACAUCAGCAUGAUUGAAAAUGAUCCAGAAUCAAUAGGACACCAUUUUGCAUCAAACAGCAGUUCUGUGGCAGCUGCCAUUCUUGUGCCUUUCAUCGCCCUGAUUAUUGCAGGGUUUGUGCUUUAUCUCUACAAACACAGGAGAAGACCCAAAGUCCCGUUCAACGGCUACGCGGGCCAUGAGAACACCAACGUCCGAGCCACGUUUGAAAACCCGAUGUACGACCGCAACCUGCAGCCCACGGACAUCAUGGCCAACGAGACGGAGUUCACAGUGAGCACCGUGUGCACCGCUGUAUAG